AUGCUCAUCAGACAGCAGUGUGUCCGAGGCGGGCCCCAGGGCUUUAGCUGUGGCUCAGCCAUCGUAGGUGGAGGCAAGAAGGCUGUUUUCAGCUCGAUCUCCAUGUCUGGAGGCACAGGCUGCUGCUCCUCCGGGGGCUUCAGUAGCAGGAGCCUCUGCAACCUCGGGGGGAACAAAAGCAUCCCCUUCGGCACGGCUGGGUGCCGGCGAGGCGCUGGGUUUGGGGCUGCUGGAGGUUUGGGGGCUGGCUGCUUUGGCCUUGGAUUCGGGGGCUCCUUUGGUGGACAGGGUGGUGCUGGCUUCGCUGUCUGCCCUGCUGGAGGGAUUCAGGAGGUCACCAUCAAUCAGAGCCUGCUGACGCCACUCCACAUGGAGAUUGACCCUGAGAUCCAGAAGGUCCGGACCGAGGAGCGAGAGCAGAUCAAGACCCUCAAUGACAGGUUCGCCUCCUUCAUUGACAAGGUGCGGUUCUUAGAGCAGCAGAACAAGGUUCUAGAGACCAAGUGGAACCUCCUUCAGCAGCAGGCGACAACCACAUCCAGCAAAAACCUUGAUCCCUUCUUUGAGGUCUACCUCAGUGCCCUGAGGAAGCAGCUGGAUGCCUUGACCAACAACAAAGGACGCCUGCAGUAUGAGCUGAAGAUCAUGCAGGACAGCGUGGAGGACUUCAAGGCCAAGUAUGAAGAUGAGAUCAACAAACGUACAGCUGCUGAAAAUGACUUUGUGGUCUUAAAGAAGGACGUGGACGCCACCUACAUGAACAAGGCGGAGUUGGAGGCCAAAGUGGAGGCCCGUAAUGAUGAGGUCAACUUCCUGAGGGUCCUCUAUGCUGCGGAGCUGUCCCAGAUGCAGACCCACGUCAGCGACACGUCUGUGGUCCUGUCCAUGGACAAUAACCGCAACCUGGAUCUGGACGGCAUCAUCGCCGAGGUCCGUGCCCAGUACGAGGACAUCGCCCAGAGGAGCAAGGCCGAGGCCGAGGCCUUGUACCAGACCAAGGUCCAGCAGCUCCAGGCCUCAGUCGAACAACAUGGUGACAGCCUGAAGAGCACCAAGAAUGAGAUUUCAGAGCUCAACAGGAUGAUCCACAGGCUGCAGGCUGAGAUCGAGAAUGUCAAGAAGCAAUGCCAGACUCUGCAGGCAUCCGUGGCUGAUGCAGAGCAGCGUGGGGAGGUGGCCCUGAAAGAUGCCUACAGCAAGCGCACAGAGCUGGAGGUCGCCCUGCAGAAGGCCAAGGAGGAGCUGGCCCGGAUGCUGCAAGAGUACCAAGAGCUCAUGAGUGUGAAGCUGGCCUUGGACAUUGAGAUCGCCACCUACCGCAAGCUGCUGGAGGGCGAGGAGUGCCGAAUGUCCGGAGAAUGUCAGAGUGCCGUGAGCAUCUCUGUAGUUGGGGGUGCUGCCGGUGCAGGAGGCAUUGGUGGAGGGUUAGGAAGCUGCUCCGGAUUUGGCCUGGGUUCUGGCUCCGGAAGUGGUUUUGGGUUUGGUGGUAGUGUUGGUGUCGGCGGCAGUUCCAGCAGCAAGAUCAUCUCUACCACCACCCUGGCCAAGAGAUCCCACCGAUAG